AUGGUUUAUUUCAUAUUUAAAUCAAGAAGUGAGUUUCGAAAUAGUCGAAAAAAUAUUUUAAUAUUUUUCUUUCGAUUAUUGAGUAUAAUUGCUUUUAUUCUAACUUGGAGUUAUUUUAUUUUUCUAUGUCUAUUACAUUUCAAAACAAAUAAUAAUUCUUUACAAAACCUUUCAAAACAACAAGGACAGACAUGUCGAAUACAAUCUCCAGAAUCUAUAAAAAUUGAUUAUAAUAAUAUUUAUUGGCAACGUUUUCAAUCAUCAAAUGGAACAUUUUUCUUUUAUAAUGCAUUCUAUGAUGAUCGUACACUUAAUGGUGCAUUAUCAACAAUACGAAUUCUUUCUAUGAUUGAUCGAAUAUCACCUAUUAAAAUCUAUUGUCGAAUUUGGUUUUCAAAUAUUUCAAAUUCAAUAAUAACAUUAGCUGAUUAUCAUUAUAUUUGGAGUCAACAAUGGGGAAAUUAUGAAGAUAAAAUUCUUCAACCAUUUUUAAUAAAUUGUCCAUUUCCUAGACAAAAACAUCUUCAACCAUAUUUCGUUUCAUUAUUUGAAAAGGAUUGUACAGAAAUAACAAAUAAUCUUCAAAUUAUAAAUAAUCGUCCAUUGAAUAAAAACAAACAAUCAUUUGCUGUUUGUGUUAAAGGUUUAGAAUUUCUUCAUGAUGAUUUAAGUAUUCGAUUAAUUGAAUGGAUUGAAUUAUUAAAUAUUUUAGGUGUUAAAAAAAUUUUUUUUUAUGAAUUCGAUAUUCAUCCAAAUAUGAGUAAAGUUCUUCAAUAUUAUCAAAACGAAACAAAAUUAGUUCAUGUACAAAAAUUAUCUUUACCUGGUUCACAACCAAAUUCACCAUUAGAAAGAAAAAAAUAUUUACAACAAAAAAUAAUUCAUCGACGUCAAAAUGAAAUUAUUCCAUAUAAUGAUUGUUAUUAUAAAAAUAUUUAUCUUUAUGAUUAUAUUGUUUUACUUGAUAUCGAUGAAAUUAUAAUACCGUUACAACAUCUUAAUUGGUUAGAUAUGAUUUAUGAUUUAGAAAAAUAUUUCGCGAAUAUUAAUCAAAGUUAUGAUGCAUUAAGUGCACGACAUAUUUAUUUUUUAGAUAAUCUUGAUGAAAAUAAUAAUACUAUUCAAUCAAAUCUAUCAAUUGUUCCUUCGUAUUUACAUAUGUUAACACAUAUUUAUCGUUCAUUUAAUUAUACAAAAAGUGGUUCAUAUAUUAAAUCAUUUUUUCAUACAGAACGAAUUCUUGCCGUACAUAAUCAUUAUCCUCUGAUUUGUUUUUCUAAGUGUCAAACACGAGAAAUUAAUGUAACAUUAGCACAUUUACAACAUUAUAGAAAAGAUUGUGUUUAUUUACUUCAAAAAUCAUGUCAAAAUGAUCAUCGACUUAACAGAAUUCGAGAUACAAAUAUAUGGAGAUUUAAAAACUCGUUAAUUCAGCGAACUUCUUUACUAUUAAGAAAAUUAAAUUUUCUUCGUUGA